GUUGUCUUGUCUAUUUUCUAUAUAUUUGUUAAGGUUGGACUAAUAAAAUAUAAUAUAUAUGGCAAUGAGUUCUUAUAACAUACACGCAACUUUGAAGGAAACACUUCGGAGGAGUCCUUUCAAAUUCGCUAAUACAAAGGCUCCUCAUGCUGACCUAGGCGACAGUAUCUCUUCUACAAAAAAAGUUCCUAAACAAGAAGUUCCAAGUGAUCCCGUCAAUAACCAGAUUCCGUUAAGCGAAUCAGCUCUUUCCACAUCUCGGCUUCUCGGAAAGAAUACGAACCUAUAUUAUGAGUAUAUACAAUUAAGUAAAGGAAUAAGCCAAGGUCGUGUACAAGUGGUGAGGGACUUCUUGAACGGUCAUCCGGACGCAGUGGACGCAUGGAUAAACCUUUACGAGACACCAUUGCUAAAGGCUUGCGCUUGUGGGAAGCCCGAGAUUGUUAAAGAGCUUUUGCGUCGUAUGACACCAGAACAGAUGCUUCCCAAGAUGAGCCAAAACGCUUCGUACCACACGCCUCUCACUGUCAUUGCGGUUAGUGGAAACAUGGAGAUUGCUGAAGCCUUAGUCGCCAAGAACCCUAAGCUUCUAGAGAUUCCUGGAAUUAAUGGACAGAUUCCGGUUGUGGUUGCGGUUGAGAACACGCAGAUGGAGAUGGCUCGCUAUCUUUACACCAGAACUCCGGUUCAGGUGUUACUUGACGAUGAUGGAUAUCACGGUUCCUUGCUCUUUCUUAAUGCCAUCUUCUAUAAAACGCUCGACAUCGCGUUGGAUCUGUUCAACAUGAGCAGACGCUUAGCCGUCACAAAACACUCGCAAAUCGAGUCGAUUCCCAUCAUUGUCUUGGCUUCAAAGCCAGAUCUUUUUCCUGGUGACUGCUAUUUGGGACCAUUGACACGUUUCAUCUACUCUUGGAUACAAGUAAAGCUGCCAACUCUUCCAUUUCCUUCUAGUACAAACAAAGAUCAUCAGAGUAAGUUCUUCCGUAUACAUAAGCUUCAUGAAAAGUCUCUAUAUUCCUUUAAAGAAAGUGAGAAAAGUUUCGAUUUUUUCCCAGAUACUCUGAUGGGGAAACUGCUAAAAUAUCUUUCCAAAUGGACCGGAAUAGAUGAAGUGUACCAACUUAAGGUCAUGCAUCUACAAGCCAAGAAGCUUCUACAAGGAAUGUCAGAAGAAACAUUAGCCUUGGGCUCGAAGGAACGUUCUGAGACCGUGGAUGAGGCUUUACUAUUUGCAGUAAGGUAUGGGAAUGUGGAAUUCUUGGUGGAGAUGAUCAAGAACAACUCCGAGCUUCUAUGGUCCACGAGAACAAGCUCGAGCAGUACUCUGUUUCUCUUGGCCGUCGAGUUCAGACAAGAGAAGGUGUUUAGUCUCCUCUACGGUCUGGACGACAGGAAGUACUUGCUGCUCGCCGACAAGGACUGUGACGGCAAUGGUAUCCUUCAUCUCGCCGGCUUUCCUUCUCCUCCUUCCAAGCUCUCUAGUGUCGUUUGCCCACCUUUGCAGAUGCAACGCGAGUUACAAUGGUUCAAGGAAGUGGAGAGAAUCGCACCGGCGAUUGAGAAGGAGAGAGUAAACACAGAAGAGCAAACACCGAUCGAGAUAUUCACAAAGGAACACCAAGGAUUGCGAGAAGAAGCCGAGAAAUGGAUGAAAGACACGGCGACGUCAUGCAACGUAGUCGCGGCUUUCAUCGUCACGGUGACUUUGGCGGCUCUUAUCGUCACGGUCAUUUUCGCGGCAGUCUUCACCGUCUCUGGAGGCAACGACGACAAUUCAGUCUCAGUAGGUAGCCCCUUUCACCUACAUAAACAACAGUUCAUCAUAUUCAUCGUCUCCGAUUUGAUAUCUUGCUUCGCCGCUUGCACCUCCGUACCCAUAUUCCUCGGGAUACUCACCGCGAGAUACUCCUUCGACGAUUUCUUGGUCUCGCUUCCGACAAAGAUGAUCGCGGGACUUUCGAUACUGUUCGUUUCGAUCGCGGCGAUGCUUAUUGCAUUCUCGUCGGUGCUGUUCACGAUGAUGGAUAAAGAGAAUUGGAUCGUUGCUCCGACGAUCCUUUGCACUUGUUCACCGGCGCUACUGUUUGUUCUGCUUCAGUAUCCUCUCCUCAAGGAGAUGAUCUUCUCAACCUACGGCAAAGGAAUCUUCGACAAAAACAUGAAUUGUUGGGCCUAAAUUAAGACACUGAUGGGCCUGACUCGAAUUCGCUAACAAAAUAGUCAAGCCAAGUAAGGACAAGACUCAAGAGUCUUCAUUGAUCUUAACUCUUUGGAGAGUGUGGAAGACAAGAAACAUUCUCAUCGAUCUUAUUAUUAUUACUCUGUUUUUAAGCAGAGAGAUAGAUUCCUACAAAACAAAGUCAUAUGUAAACGAAAAGUCAAUGAACGUUGUUUGGUCUUGUAAUCUUAUCAUCAUCUCUUGGUGUGGUUCUAAUUUCCUCAUAGAUGUUGUCUCAAAGCUAUAUCCUUCACUAGUUCACUUAUCAUAGUAAUAUACAAUUCCGCACUUAAACCAUUCUCAAAACU